UCCUCCGUGAGAAAAAUUAACAUUCUCAUUCUUUUGCGAGCAAGGUCGACAGAAAAUACGCGGGGAAACGCAACGCCCUAUAAACAACUUUCUUUCGACAUCUCUUUUCAGUCACCCCAGCUCCAUUCGUUCAUCAUGGCCGCCUCACUCUGGGCUACUUCGCUCGUCUUACUGAGUACCUGCUGCUGCUGGACGCUGGCGUCCGGCGGCUCCUCCGCCAUGGUGGGCCUCCUGGCAACGUCCCGGUCGCUGAACCCGAGCUCGCGGCACAGUAACAACACCGGAAGCAGCGUCCCCGCCAAAGUUGGCGUCACUUCCGCUUCCUGGAGCUUCCCCAUAACCAGCAGCUUCCUGCCGUCGUCGGCGCCGCCCUACUCGACGACCGCCUCACCGUCCAGCUACCUCAAGAACCACGCGACGAGCUACUCCAUUCCUUCGGUCCACGCUGGAAGCAAGAACCCCCCGCACAAGUUGAGCUCUGCAAACUUGGUCUACACCGGCUCGGCGAGCAGCCAGGCCGCCUACGCCGCCGCCGCUUACUACGCCACCUCAUCGACGUCCACCACAACCACUACGACGACGACGCCGCGACCAUUUGCGUACAACCUGCCGUACAGCCCCAUCGAUUACUACUUCGACAAGAACACCGCAAGUGGCGGCAAAUCGUCGGCAUUCAAGCACGGGACGACUUCGACGUCGUCCUUCAAGCAGCCGUCAGGCGGCGGCGGUGGCUACUACACCUCCGACGACUACGAAGACGAAAACGAGGACGCGGAGGAAGCCCACAGGGACCGGUACCUGACCAGGAACGACGCGCUCAAGGCGGACUACGACUCGGCCGAAACGUCGCCGCCCACGUACGUCAAGACGAAGUACGGCUACACCUCGCUAAACCCGCUGCUGAUGGCCAGCGAAAGUUCAAAGGUCUCAUCGGGCCUUCACCGCGGAGACAUGGACAAGGGUGCCGCCGACGGCGGCGGCAGCGGAGGAGGCAGCCGGCUGGGAGACAAGGACGUCGGAGACAAAGGGUACGCGACGGCGUCCAGCGACCACUACGACUACAAGGGGGGCUUCGUGGCGGCCGACUACGCGGACGACUUCGGCUUCCCGGACCUGGACCACCAUCUGCCGUACCUGCACCGGCGCAAGCACCACAGCGGCAAGGGACCGCUGGCGCUGCUCCUGGGGCUGCUGCCGCUAGGGCUACUCAUGGCGGCGCUCGUUCCCAGCGUCAUCAACCUUCCGGUGGCCGCGGUCGGAGCCGUUGGCCCGGCGGGAAGGAGGCGCAGGGAAGCCGCGGGGCCCGCUUACCGGAACCCGAUCCUCGACUCCAUCGCGAAGUUCGGCGUGAACAGUCUCGAAGACCCUCACUGUCUGCAGCGCAUCUUCUGCGAGGUGACGGCGCAGGGCAAGGCGCCGGAGUCCCUGCCGGUCCAGAAGGUCUUCUACACGCUGUCCACACUAGUCAACGACCUGUGGGCCGAGAGGCUGGGCCUCAAGGUCCUGUUCGGCGCAGUCAAGAAGGGACAGUGCGACGUGUUCCGGUGUAAAGCGGCAAAACCGACCAAGCAGGGAAAGCGCAGGAGCAGCAAGUUGAAAAACAAGGGCGGCACGUUGAAGGCUUCCAAGGAAUAA